CAUCUGUAGGUGGCGAAGUAGAAAAAAAAUGGUAGGCCGAUUGGCCUACACACUUCUGCCAUCUAGUUUCCACUGGAUUUUUUGAUUGUCGGCUACUGUUUUAAAUACACUGUUUAAAUAUGUGGGUGUGUAAAUGCAAUGAUGAGUAAAUGCAUACAUAUACCACGCUUUUAUUUGAGCAUUCGAUUUGUUUCUUUUGUUGUUUAUGUACCUGGUUCUAAGUUCUCCGGUGUGUGCUCUCUGGUGCUGUUGUGCAUGGUUCUAAGUUCGGCUCUCCUCUCCUGUUCGCUGUUGUUGAUGUUCCUUGUUCUAUGUUCUCCUGUGUGUGGUCAGGUUCUGCAGGGUCUGGAAUACCUGCACAAUAAGUGUAAGAUCAUCCACACCAGAGAACAUCCUGCCAUACGUCCGGCGACUGGCUGCAGAGGCCAGCGAGUGGCAGUGCACAGGAGGACCACCUCCAUCAGGUGAGUACAGCUCCGGCUCAAAAACAACCCCAGAAGAUGUCUAAGAACAGGAAGAAGAAGCUGAAGAAGAAGCAGAAGAAGCAGGCUGAGCUGCUGGAGAAGCGCAACCUGGAGCUGGGCGAUGGACAGCGCCCCCUAGAGGCCGGAGACGACGAGGAAGAGGACGAGGACACGGACGCGCCCGACAGAGCGCCGUCUGCCACACCCUCCAAUCAGCACACCUUACACACACCCAGCAGGGGGUGGAGUCGAGGCACAGGUGCUGCUGAUCACCUGAUUGGGGCACCUGCACUAUAAAAGAGGCUACCUGGCAGAAGUUCCCUCUCGCCAUUGCAACAUGCGUCGCCUUUGUUUUCUUACCAUCUCAUUAAUACUGACUCCACUUCACA